AUGGCCCCUCUCCACCCCGGCCUCCCCGAUGAGAUCGCCAUCUGGGAGGUCCUCAUCCGUCUGGACCCCAAAGCCCUCCUCCGCUGUCGGGCUGUCUGCCGGGACUGGCUUCGCGCCACGUCCACCCGCGAAUUUCUCGUCGUCCACCACGGCCGCCAGCCCACACUCCCCCUUCUCAAUGGCUACAACGGCGAUGUCGACGACCGGACACUAGACAUUAUCUCCUUAGACCACCAGACAGGGCUCGUCGCCGCUGACCAGCUGCAAUCUAUCGCGCGACUUGACGGCAUGCAUCUCCUGCGAUCGUGUGACGGCCUCCUCAUCCUCUGCACCAACAACAUAUACGAUAGGCAUUACGCAAUCUGCAACCCGGCAACUCGUCAGUAUGCUCCCCUACGACAGAUUGAUGACUUCGAAGUCUCAGGAAUGUACCUGCAUCGCAGUACUGGCGAGUACCGGUUACUGUUGUACCCGUGCCCGGCUAGGGUUAUGAAUGCUGAGCUGCCACAUGGCCUUCAUGAUGGCUGCCACGUCUUCACACUGGGCUCCUGCGAACCACCAAGGCACAUCGGGUGGCCCGAGGCGAGGGAAGUGAUGUUCGAAGCAAAUGUGCUAUUCCGUGGCAGCCUGUUUUGGUACAUGGGACCUGAGAACAUCAAAAAGGACAUCAUAAGGGUGUUCAACACCACGGCCGAAUCAUUCAGACAGAUGCAAGCUCCGGUUCUUCCUAGACCCGGCGAGGCUAACCUGUUUGAAAUGGAUGGCAUGCUCACAAUGGCUAGCUGUAAUGAUGCAGCAGCAACCAUUGGCAUCUGGGUCUUGCAAAACUACGAAAGCGAGGUCUGGACCCUCAAGUGCCAAAUUCGAUUGCCUGUUGAAGUUCGAAAAUUCGACGGUGGUUGGGAUGUGUUGGUGACGUGUUCGGAUGAAGCUAUGCUCGUCCUAGUCUUGUUUGGCCAUAUGAUACUUCAGAUCGACAUUGAUGGAAAAUUGGUUGCCACUUUCCAUCACCUUUCUCGCGAUCCACUCCGUCUCAAACAAUCCCUUGUUAUGCAUAACUUCUUUCCAGCACUAGAGGGUUAUGUUGUGAAUGGUUUGCCUUCCUUGUGA